AUGAUCCGUACGACCGCGCUCCUCGCUCCUGCGAUCGGGGUCACCCUUUGCGGGGACUUGCUUCAAGCCUACCUCGUCAAUGCAAGUUGGACGUUCACAACGAACGCCCACAAGUGCGACGAGGAAGCAGUGCUGCUUCGGCGCGUGCUGUCACGCCCCAUCGAAAUCGACGACGACGGGCUCGGGAUGCUGGCCUCGACGAACGAGGUCGACGACGUUUGCGGAAGUUUUGUCGUCUCGGACAAGCUUCUCCCACCCCGCGCUCACGACUUCGAGUCCGAGCUUGGUCGAGAUCUCGAGAUCCAGGAGCUCCUCAUUCAACGCCGAAACUGCCCUGGUCUCACCACCUCCGCGUUCCAUGCCACCGCACGACACGCGCCUGUGGACCCCACGUCGAUGACCCCGAUCACGUCGACCUCGCCUACCCCUGCGGCCGAGUACGCUAUGACCGUCGCAUGGGCAGAACAGUCCUUCCUCGGCGAUGUCAUGGCACUACGUCGCAAGAUGCACGCCGCGUUGCGUGCCGACACCGAGGGACUAAGCCUUAGCGCCGGCAUCUACCGGGGCGACUUGCGCACGCUUCCGGCCCUCUUCGGCGACGAUGAAAGCUUCGAUGAUAUUGAGCCCCGGGCACUCGAGGUAGUCUUCCACCAACAGUGCUAUCGACCCCUCAACACGGCGACCACGACCAAGGAACUCGCCCAGGCCGUACUUGGAGUCGUCAAAGGUGAGCACGGGGAUCGACUGGGCGGCCUUGCGUUUGCGCUCCCUAGCCGACACGCCCAUUCCCAUGACAAUGCAGGACACCGAAACCUCUACACGCUGGGGUAUAUCCACCGGGAUAUAUCGUACGAUAACGCCGUCAUCGACCGCGACGGUGUUGGCACCCUCAUCGAUUAUCACCUCGCCGUCCCGCAUGAUCGACCUUGCACCGAGCUGCACCAUAGAAUACGAUCCGUGCGUCCUCCCCUCUGUGUGUUCCCCCGAAUAAACUUUCUGACCAGCACUAACCUUUGGACUAUACGACGUCUGACAGGGCACCUGGCCCUACCUCGCCUGCUCGAUCCUCGCCCAACCGAACGAGCCACUCGGUGUCGUCCACGAACGGUGGCACGACAUCGAGUCGCUCUUCUACGUCGUGAUGGAAUCUUCGUUCCGCGAGCCUUACCAGGGCAACAAUGAAGAGCUUGUCAUGACGCCAAAGGGUCAGAUUAUCUGGGGGGACUGGAAUCGGCCAGAAGCGCACGUAGUCUAUGAACUCAAAGAUAGGCUUCGCAAGGACCGGGCAUACAGAUCUGUACUCGAAGGCUGCGCACAUCGAUGGACGAACAUCAAGCAACUGGUCGAUAUCUUGCGACACCAUUGUGGUCUUGAUAACCAGUUCAAUAAUUUCGAGGUGGCUGCGGAAGAGGCCAAGCUGGGGGAGUUGUGGGGUCCGUCCGGGACGAUGUCCCACGAAGCUAUCAUCUCGGAGAUUGAGCGACUAAUUCCCUUGCUCUGA